UACCCUUUUUCAAUAUCACUAACAUCGCCUGAUUCGCCGGGGCACUGUCAGCAGUACGGUUAGGUUUCGUGUGUAACUAACAGCAGAAUAGCUGUGUGGAAACCUAUCAUGAAGUUGACGCUGUUUCUACUUCUUGCAUUGUCAAGUCUAAUAGCUGUAUCGGCCUCUCAUGAUGAUUGUCCUUACGGAUGGCAUAUCCAAAUUCACAAUGAAUACGUUGGGAAAGACCACUAUGUGCUUAAUGAGCAAAUGAACGCCGAUUACGUGCGGUUUAGAAUGGUAGCAGAAAUGGGAGCGUUCAGGCACGAAUUCAUUUCAAACCAGCUUUGGGCUCUUAAAUACCUUCAACCGGUAGAAGAGGAUCCAAUAGUUCUAAAGAGCACAUGUAAAACAGAGUCAGAGCUCAUCUAUGGUUUUUGGGAGACGUCAGCCAUGUAUUGUUACGUCAUCCUUCCCUGGCUUCAAAAUGUCCGUAGAGCAAAGUGUGAUAGGAGUGAAUCAUGCUGUGGUAAAAACUCCGUGUGUCAUGAAGAUGGCUAUGCACGACAACGAUACUGGGUAUACUGCGCGCACUAUACCAGUCCUUUUAAUGGGUAUUUCGCUGUCCGUUAUGAUUCGUUUCCACAGUGCUGUACCUGCAGGAAAUGUGACAAGUGUAUAGACAGCCAUUAAUAUGUAUUUUUUCUUGUGCAGUUUGAUUGUAUAAUGUCCAGUUUGUCCAGCUUUAAAUCGUUGAAAUAAAAUAUAUCAUGUGUUUA